UGGGGCCGAGUUCCAGGCCCACAGUCCCAGUCCGGGUCGCGCCGCCCUCUUGAGCUUCGCGGCCCGCGCUGGGAGCGGGCCUGGCGCUCUCGCCUUGCCCCUGGGCGGGCCGGGCACCCGGGCCCUGCACCUUUGGCUGCCUGAGGAGAGCUGCUGGCUUUGGUCGCCUCCUAGUAGGAUAUUUCUUGAAGAUAAAGCAGAAAUCUUUGGAAUAGAUGGAUUUUUGUCACUUUCUGUGAACUAAAGCGAUUCAAUGUCUCUUUUGGAUUGUUUCUGCACUUCCCGAACACAAGUUGAAUCACUCAGAUCUGAAAAACAGUCUGAAACCAGUACCCAUCAAAACUUGGUUGAUGAGCCAUCCCUUUCCUUGUUGCCUCUAUCCACCAGAGCCAAUGAAGUGAUCUGUUCCACCAACGUUUCUCACUAUGAACUCCAAGUGGAAAUAGGAAGAGGAUUUGACAACUUGACUUCUGUCCAUCUUGCACGACAUACUCCUACAGGAACACUGGUCACUGUAAAAAUUACAAAUUUGGAAAACUGCACUGAAGAACGCCUGAAAGCUUUACAGAAAGCAGUGAUUCUGUCCCACUUUUUCCGGCAUCCUAAUAUUACAACUUAUUGGACUGUUUUCACUGUUGGCAGCUGGCUUUGGGUUAUUUCUCCUUUUAUGGCAUAUGGUUCAGCAAGUCAACUCUUGAGGACUUACUUUCCUGAUGGAAUGAGUGAAACUUUAAUAAGAAACAUUCUUUUUGGAGCAGUGAGAGGGUUGAACUAUCUGCACCAAAAUGGCUGUAUUCACAGGAGUAUUAAAGCCAGCCAUAUCCUCAUUUCUGGUGAUGGCCUAGUGACCCUCUCUGGCCUGUCCCAUCUGCAUAGUUUGGUUAAGCAUGGACAGAGGCAUAGGGCUGUGUAUGAUUUCCCACAGUUCAGCACAUCAGUGCAGCCGUGGCUGAGUCCAGAACUACUGAGACAGGAUUUACAUGGAUAUAACGUAAAAUCAGAUAUUUAUAGCGUUGGGAUAACAGCAUGUGAAUUGGCCAGUGGGCAGGUACCUUUCCAGGACAUGCACAGGACUCAGAUGUUGUUACAGAAACUGAAAGGUCCUCCUUAUAGCCCAUUGGAUAUCAUCAGUAUUUUCCCUCAAUCAGAAUCCAGAAUGAAAAAUUCUCGAUCAGGUGUAGACUCUGGGAUUGGAGAAAGUGUACAUGUCUCCAGUGGAACUCGCACAGUAAAUAGUGACAGACUACAAACACCAUCCUCGAAAACAUUCUCUCCUGCCUUUCUUAGCUUGGUACAGCUCUGUUUGCAACAAGAUCCUGAGAAAAGGCCAUCAGCAAGCAGUUUAUUGUCCCAUGUUUUCUUCAAACAGAUGAAAGAAGAAAGCCAGAGUUCAAUACUUUCACUGUUGCCUCCUGCUUAUCGCAAGCCAUCAAUAGCACUGCCUCCAGUGUCACCUUGGACUGAGCCGGAAUGUGAUUUUCCUGAUGAAAAAGACUUAAACUGGGAAUUCUAGGGCUGCCAAAUCCUUUUAUGUCCUUUAUACUUGACAUUUUCUCCCUGCUGCUUUUUCUUCUGUAUUGCUAGGUACAAAUACUAGAAUUAUACUUGAAAAUACAGUUGGUGCACUGGAGAAUCUGUCAUUUAAAACCACUCUGUUCAAGGGAGCGUGAGUUUGUAGCUCCUUUCGUUAGUUCAGAGUGCUAUUAUAACUCCAGGGAAACUUUGGAAUUAUGAUGUAAGUGCAUUUUGUGACAUCUUUUCUCAGUUUUUUUCCCCCCAAGCUGUGACUUCUGUUUGAUCUCUUAAUGUAAUUUUUGAGCCAGUUACUCUUUUCAGCAUUUUGCUGCCCUCAGGGGAAUGAGUCCUCAGAGGACAGAGCUUCCAAGUACAUUUUUUACUUCCAGAUUCUCUAGCCUUUUUGAUCAGCUGUUGUUACACCAACAGGCUAGUUUAUCCUGGCAUCAAAUCCUUUUUUGGUAGAAAGGAAAAUGUUUAUAUGGUCCCAUUUUAUUCUGUUAAUCCUUAUGGUAAUAUCAAACUGAGCCUCACAUUAAAUGAUUCACUUGAAAAUACAUAGAGAAGGUGUAAUUUGCUUUUUUUAUUUUUAAAAGGCUGAAGUAACACUUUUCUACUUAUGUAAAUUAUAGAUCCUAAAUUCACGUACCCUGUGGGAAUUCAAUAAAGAUUUAUUGAAUUGA